AUGGGAUACGGCGAAGCCGAUGAGGUCUCUAUGCAGUGGUCUGAAAUGGAAGCAACCCUUGAGGCCGAUGUAGCCCUUAUUCGCUCGCAGCUGAAUGCACUGCCGAUCUGGGAUCCAGAUCUCCAAAUGCGUCUCAGGCGUUGGUCGAAUGCUGAUGGUGCCCAGACUUUGGCACCUGGACCAUGGCGGCGCGAGGUUGCGCCAGAAGGAGGCGCUCUGGAGUGCAGCAGUUUGGUGCAAGGAGAGUCUUUGGCCAUGCUCUCCGGCGAGGCGUGGGACUUUGUGGUGCUCAAGCGAAAGUUGCCCUGCCUAGAAGCGUUGGAAAGCAACAAUUUUAUUGAAAAAAGCAUUGAGCCCGCUGUGCGGGUAUCACCUUUCCACCCGCAGACGAAGACGAAUUCCGAAGACGAAUUCCCCGAAGACGAAUUGCCCCCCGAAGACGAAUUCCCCCCGAAGACGGAUUCCGAAGACGAAUUUCACGAAGACGAAUUGCCCCCCGAAGACGAACUCCCCCCCGAAGACGAAUUGCAAAGACGAAUUCCACGAAGACGAAUUGCCCCUCGAAGACGAACUCCUCCCCGAAGACGAAUUGCGAAGACGAAUUCCCCGAAGACGAAUUGCCCCGGGAAGACGAUUUCCCCCCUGAAGACGAAUUGCGAAGACAAAUUCCCCGAAGACGAAUUGCGCCCCGAAGACGAAUUCCCCCCCGAAGACGAAUUGCGAAGACGGAUUCCCCGAAAAGACGAAUUGUGCCCCCCGAAGAUGAAUUCCCCCCCGAAGACGAAUUGCGAAGACGAAUUCCCCGAAGACGAAUUCCCCCCCCGAAGACGAAUUCCGAAGACGAAUUCCCCCCGAAGACGAACUGCAGACGAAUUCCGAAGACGAAUUGCCCCCGAAGACGAAUUCCUCCCCGAAGACGAAUUCCCCGAAGACGAAGUGCGCUCCGAAGACGAAUUCCCCCCCGAAAGAAGAUGUUUCAUUUACAACAGGUCCUGCUACCAGACCAGUUUACAACUCUCCCUGGAAGAAGGUCUGGCGUGGAAUUCAGUUUUUGUUUGCAAGAUGUCUCGAGAACGGGAGCAUGAUGAGCCAAUUAUUCCAGGUUGGAACGAUGAGUUGAACAAGUGGCCGGAUUACUGCAGGCGAGUUCGCCUGUGUCAUGCACAGACUGUUCGCAAGAAGCGAUACACCUUGGGACCUCGAUUGGUCCUCAAGUUGUCUGGACGUGCCUGGGAAGUAGCUGCAAGUUUGGACCAUUCACAACUUACCACCAAUUCUGGAGCGCAGUAUUUGCUGUCAUAUCUCCGUGAAAGGCUUGGCCGUUUGCCGAUCCCGGACGUGGGACAACACUUAGACGACCUGUUUGUGCGGUUGCGCAGGCAACCGGGAACCGACAUGAUUUCUUGGUGCAGCCAAGUUCGUGAGGCCUACAAGAAGGUUCAACGAUCACUGGCAAGGAGAGUCCACUAUGUGUCGUGCACAGAUCCUUUGGAAGUCUUGCUUGCAUGGCAGCAAACACAGGUAGGCUUCAAUAAAAGCUGCUUGGAAGGUGAGUCUCCACGGUCCGGCUCGACACGUCGUCGUGCCAGCGGCAGUGAACCUCAAGGUGAACCACAAGAUGAUUUCCAGAACGCCUCGGCAGGUGCCGAGCAGAGUGAGCAGUCUCCACCAGCUCAGACGUCAGCGGCACAGAGUUCUCCAAGUUCUUCAGGGUCCUGGAACGAUGACUCCUGGGGUCAAUGGAAUGACUGGUAUGGACACAGCUGGCACCAGUGGGAAGACGAGGAUGAAGAGGGUGAUGAGCAGCCGUGGGAGGAUGAAGACCAUAUGAUGCCUGUAGUACUUCCUGAGGAAGUAUUGGGAUGGCUUCUGAUGCGGAGAUCUGGUCUGAGCUCACAGGCCAAGUUGGCCAUCCAAGCGGCAUCAGGGAAUUCGUUGAAAUUCACGGACGUGGAGCGAGCUAUGAGACUGCAGGAAGAGGAACUCUUGCAUCCAGAACGAGCUCGUCCACCACAUGGGCGACAUCAGCCGCGUUCCUACUGGGUGGACACUGGAGAAAAUUGGGGUUUGUACAUGAGCCCUCCCGAUGAGCUGGAUGUUCACGAUGAGGAUCAUGAGAUCCAUUGGCUGGACAAUGAGUCGUUUGCUGCGGCCUUAUUUCCACCGGAGUCCGUGACACCGCAGGGUGUGUGGGACAAUCAAGAUGAUGGCGCGUGGUACACAGAUGGUCACUAUGACUGGGUGUGGUACAACGACGAAUGGUAUGCGGCAGUUUCUGAUCAAUGGAUUUCAUAUGCUGAGAUGAAGCCUUGGAUGGACAUCGAAGAUGUCUUGGCCGUAGAUCAGUCUGUAGGCAAGGAAAUCAGUGAAUUGUAUGCUUCUUUUGACCAGAAGGGUUCAGGCACUCAAGGGAAGUUCGGUCAUGCGAAUUUUGUGGAUGAAGUCUACACGGUGAGUGGCGUUGAUGUCCCGACUUCUUCCACGGAUCAUGCUGAGCUUCCACAGUUGCCAGCCGUGGCUGACAUGCAGCGCCUCAUUUUGACGGCGGCAGAUCCUUCGAUGGUGGGCCAUCCAGAGCGUUUGGGAUAUGGAGUCCUUGACACUGGAGCGACGGAGACAGUGGGAUCUCUCGAGGCCAUUGAGUUUAUUUCGCAACAGCGUCUCAAGCACUUUGGUCCCGAGGAAAAUCAGGAGUCCGCAGCUCAACCCAUUCAACAUGCCAAAGGAGAAGCCGUUUUGUGCAGUCAUGACAUUCAUGAAUGUGAUCCACAACACAAUUUCCACAUAGUUGAGACCAUGAGUGAGAAGUCCACCGAGAGCAUGUGGAACCAUGUGAAUGAUGUGCAUGCCGACCUUGCCGACCUCAGUUUGACAGCCCGAGCCAUAGACCUGCUCAACGCUCGAACUGAAGAGAACGCUCAGUUGUGCAAUGGAAAAGUUCCAGAAGACCAUCUCCGGCAAGGCAAUGACCGAGGAGCAGUGCCGCGAGAUAGCCUUAGAGAUGGUGGAGGAAGCUUCUGGGAAGAAGGGAGUGACGAUCGAUGUCACGAAGUACGACUGGGGCAGGGCAACAUGGGCCGACCCCCGGGACCAGCGGUGCGUUCAGGCGCCGUGCCAUGGAAGUCACAGCGUGGAGAAGUUUGGCCGCGGUUCGAAGAGCGGCAACAACAGGAUGUGGCCACUCACAUCGAGAACAAAGAGGCCCAGCAGGAGCCAUUGAACCCAAAGGAGAUGUCCACCAAGAAGCUGGGAUACGAGGCAGCAGAAGCAUCAGCCCUCAAGCAACUGGAGCACAUCCGUAUGGCCAAGAGCAAGUUGGACAUAGCCCCACAGGUCAAGGCCAAGAGCGCACCCAAGAUGACGCCAGCGACCAAGAAAAGUCAGAGGAUCGAUCUGACCAAGGACGAGGUUCCAACGAGCACCCUCGCGGCGUGGCAAUCCAGUGACUCCCGAAGUACAGGAGCAGGAGACGGCUCAGGGCUCCGACGGUUGGGAGCAGGUGCAGCAAGCACCCAACUCUUGAGAGAGAAAGCUCCCGAGAUAGAUGAUGAUGCUCUGCUUUCGCAGGAGACGGAUGAGAGCGUCGGAACCUAUACGCACAAGUUGACCAAGGUCCGGAAAUCAAAGAAACUCACGAAAGCAUGUGUUGAGUUGGCCAAGGAACAGGUGGAACGUGGAGGCCAUCCAUCGAAUCGAGCACUCAUGAACACGUUGCGAGCCCGUGGGGCAGACCCACGAAUUGUUGAGUUGGCUCAGAAUCACCAGUGUGAUGACUGCAAGGAAAUCGCCUUGCCCGUUCCUCAUCGCCAUGUCACCUUGCACCAAUGCACUACCUUGUGGCACACACUGCAGAUUGACAUCGCACAGCUACCAGUGGCGAACGAAGUGGUUCAUUUUCUGGUGAUGUGCGAUGAGACACCACAAGCAGGAGUCAAGAAACGCAGUCAGGAAGUGAUCAAAGCCUUGGAGCAAGUUUGGUUUCAGAAUCACGGACCGCCAAAUGUAGUCCGAUGUGACCCUGAGGGCUGCUUUCGUGGAAUUGCCCUCUCUGACUACCUCUCCGCCAGAGGCGUGGAGCUCCUGCCCUGCGCAGGGGAAGAUCACGGGCAAAUUGGAACGGUCGAACGGCUGAUCAACAAGAUCAAAACGGAUGCUCGGACAUUGCUUCGGUCAGUUGAUGUUGACCCCUACAUUGGAAUACUUCAUGUUGUUGGGGCCCAUAACAUGUUGGAUAGAGUUGGAGGUUAUGCCCCUAUUCAAUGGACUUACGGUAGGUUCCGCGAAGCUGAUGGUAGGUUUUUCGAGGGGGGUAAUUCGUUGCCAUUUCAUUCCACUGAAGGGUCCCUGGGAACUAGCCUUAGUGCGAACCUUUCGAUUCGAGUCCAAGCUGAAGGGGUUUAUCGUAGGAGUCAAGCUGUUGUCAAGCUGAACCGAGCCCUCAACACUAAACCCAGGAGACAUGAAGUGUAUCUCCCUGGGGAUUUAGUGUACUAUCGCCGUUUCAAAACACCAUCAGGGCAGCAGCCAUCCCAUUCAGCCUUGGACCAGCCAAGAAUGGGAAUAGCCAGAUGGUAUGGACCAGCACGGGUCCUUGCAACAGAGACCCACUCCGAAGAUUUUCCGGCGACCCGAAAACCGGGAAGCAUUGUGUGGUUGACAGCUGCUGGAAGACUGAAACGAUGCAGUCCUCAUCAGCUCAGACACUGUAGUGAAAGAGAGAAAAUUUUGGCUGAAGCAUCUUCCGCAGUUUCCACGCCAUGGAGUUUCACAUCUCUCCUUCACUUGGUUGAGAAGGGACAGUUUGAGGUUUUUGAUGAUAUGGUUCAAGAUGAGGAACAACCUUCAUUUAGGGAAAGAGAAUCUCAACCUCGUGCGAGUGAGAGACGCGUUAGGAGUAGGAGUAGGGGCGUGAGUCAAGUGAAAAGAACUGAACAAGAAAAGCCAAAAGAACAAGGACAAGAGGCCAAAACAGCUGAAAAGCGUCGUGCGCCUGAUCUAGGAGAAUGGAUCUUGCAUGACCUGUUAAAAGCUGAGAAAACGUUUGUGGUGGAAGACGGAGAAGAGACAAGUUCAGUGUUUCACAUUUCAGUUCCCUUGCCUGAAGACCGGAGAGAGAUCAAGAAGUUUGUGAGAGACUCAACCACUUGGGUUUCUAACAAGAUGAAGAAGGGCGCAGAACUGAAGUGGACUCAUAUUCCCAAACAUCGGCUUGCAGACUUUCAGAAAGCCAAGGACAAGGAGUUGUCACACUGGAUUCAACGAUCAGCAGUGCGUCUGGCGAAAAAGCAGGAUGUGCCGCCAGAGCGUGUUGUUCGAAUGCGGUGGCUUUAUACUCUGAAAUCUGACAACAGUGCGAAAGCACGGCUGGUGAUUAUAGGUUACGAGGAUCCCGACCUAGGGGAUCUUCAUACCACCAGUCCAACAAUGUCAAGGAGGACACGGGGACUAUUUCUGACCGCAUGUGCAACCCUGGGUUGGACAGCUCUCAAGGGCGAUGUUCGAGCAGCCUUUUUACAAGGCCUAGAAAGCGAAAAAGAGCGGGCCAUCUUCGCGAAGCGCGUGAAGGAGUUGGCUGAGAAACUCGGAGGUGAAGAAGGUGACUAUGUUCAGAUACUCAAGGCCUGUUAUGGACUGGCCAAUGCACCCUCACAAUGGCAUGCUUCCAUUUCUGAAACAAUGAGAAAUCUAGGUUUUAUUGCUUUGCAGACAGAACCGUGCUGCUGGAAGCUUUUGGAAACCGAUGCAUAUGGGGAGACUCGCGUUGUUGGUCUCGCUCUAGCACACGUGGAUGAUUUCUUAUUUGGAGGUGAUGGUUCUUCAAUGACAUGGAAUAGCGCGCUAGAAGGGUUGUACAAGGCUUAUGACUGGUCACCAUGGGAGGCAGAUACAUACAUGCACUGUGGCGUUCAAGUGAUACAAAAUGCUGAUGGAAGCUCUGUAUUGAAUCACUCAAAGUACUGCGAAAGUAUUGACCAGAUUCAAUUCAAGCAACGGCAUCCCAAUGAGUCAGUCACUGUGGAGGAAAGGCAGCAGUUGCGAGCUGUGCUAGGAGCCUUACAAUGGCGGGUGUGCCAGAGUGCACCACAGCAUGGCGCAAGACUGAGCGCACUUCAGAGUCAACUUGCGGAUCCAAAGGUCCAAACACUUUUGGAAGCGAAUAAGCUGGUGCGAGAGGUUUACAACAAUCGACACAUUGGGGUCAAAUACAAUAGGCUGGUUGUGAAUGAUCCCAUGGAUGUGACGUUUGUCGCUUGGUGUGAUGCUGCUGUUGGAAAUCGACGUGACCUAAGUAGCACAGGGGGUUAUGUCAUAGCUGCAACUGAACCAUCGAUUUUGGAAGGUAAGCCCUGUCCAAUCAACAUGGUCAGCUGGAAAAGCGGACGGCUUCCUCGAGUCUCUAGGAGUUCCCUUUCUGCAGAGAUACAGGCAUUCAGCAGCAUAGCCGAAGAAGAACUCAUGUAUGUAAGAAUCCAGUGGGCUGAGAUGAUGGGACAUGAGAUUCCAUUGAGAAAGCCUGGUGAGUUGUUGCAGAAAGUUCCUGGUGUAAUGGUAACUGACGCUAAGUCUCUCUUUGAUGUGAUAAAGAAAGGACCUCAGAACACUUCAGGGCUUGGCCUGAAAGAAAAAUACUCAGUGCUUGACAUGCUAAGUGUGUUUCAACGGUUGGAGCUUGGCAAAACUCAAACCAGAUGGGUUCACUCCGAAGCGCAAAUUGCCGAUGCGAUGACGAAGCAUAGUGUCAACAAUGCCUUGAUUCGAGUCUUAAUUAGUGGAACAUGGACUUUGGUGCAUGAUGAAAAUUUUGUAAGUUCAAAGAACUUGCGGAAACGAGCAAAGAUUGACAUUUCGGCGAAGGAUUUUGGGGCAUGUGAAAGCCUGAGCUAUUUAGAGCCAGACACGCCUCCUUUUCAUGUAUAG